GGCAGUGGGAGGAGACUUUGACAAUGAAUGUGCUGAGGACACAUGUUUACAAUGAUGUGGGAGAGAGGAAGAAUGGAUCUGAACGGGAUCUCAAAACAAUGAAACGGCAACAAAAGUCAUCAGGGAAAGACACCAAAGUGACCUGUUGUGUCAUCGGACACACACACAAAACACAAAUAUUUGAAUGAGCUAUCUCAAAAAUUUAUUCCGCUUCUGGCCUGACUGUCCAAGGUCCAAAAUACUCUCCACCUCAACAGUUUAAGGCAAGAUAUGGAAAUCCAUCACUGGCACUGAAGGAGCAAACUGUGAAGAUCUUUACUCAGGGAUGACCAGUACACAGCUGCUGGAAACUUCCCCCAAACAGCCCGCAUUUGCUUCCCAGCCUUCCCAUAGGAUGGCAUCCACUGUAUCCACUGUCCCCUCUGGUGUUUUUGGUCCCUCGCUGCCCCCUCCAGCUGUUUGGCCCCCUCUGGACUUUGCUCUGGGUGCCCUGUCCUGCUGUGCUGCCUGUGUGUUCACCAAUCCUCUGGAGGUUGUGAAGACCCGUCUGCAGCUUCAGGGAGAGCUGCGUGCUCGAGGUUCUUACACCAGACACUAUCGAGGAGUAGUUCAGGCCCUCUUGGUGGUGGGACGCACAGAUGGGCUCCGGGGCCUGCAGAAGGGGCUCUCUGUUGGGCUUAUUUACCAGGGGGUGAUGAACGGUGUGAGGCUGGGCUCCUACUCGUACUGUGAGGCUCUGGGCAUCACCAGAUUCCACGGGGGCAGUCUGUUAUCAGGGGCCGCAGCUGGGGCCCUGGGUGCCUUCAUAGCCUCUCCUGCCUACCUGGUGAAGACUCAUCUGCAGGCUCAAGCUGUUGAAGCCAUAGCAGUAGGACACCAGCACAACCAUCAGGGGGUGUUUGAUGCCUUUGGUACCAUUUAUAGAAGAGACGGUUUAAUUGGCCUCUGGAGGGGUGUAAACGGGGCAGUGCCUCGUGUUAUGGUGGGAUCAGCUGUUCAACUGGGAACCUUCACCUCAGCCAAGGACUGGGUGUCACAUACCCAGUGGUUUAAACCAAACAGCUGGCUGACAGCUCUAAUAGCUGCGAUGAUCAGUGGUGUCGCUGUGGCAAUUUCUAUGACACCAUUUGAUGUGAUUAGCACACGACUCUACAAUCAACCAGUGGAUGAGUUUCGCAGAGGGCGCCUGUACCAUGGAUUUUCGGAUUGUAUGCUCAAAGUGUGCCAAACUGAGGGUGUCCUGGGGUUAUACAAAGGCAUGGGCCCUGUCUUUGUCCGCCUAGCUCCACACACAGUGCUCAGCAUGCUGUUCUGGGAUCUGAUGAGGCAACAGGUUUUGAAGGACAACCAGAGCCAGAGAAGGAGCUAAAGCCCACAAACAGCUUUAUAAAGUGGAAUGGAGUUUUACUGUAAAUCACAGUGGAAUGAUCAUGAAGAAAAACACAACAGGCUGUAAAAGUCAUAUCUCCUGUCAGGAAGAAAAUGGAUGAGCACUCAACUACUUGAUAAAGAUUGGAGAUGGACACAUUCUGCACAGACACUCAUAAAUAUUUGAGCUUCUGUAAAAUUUCACAUGAAGUCAGGUUUUACCUUAAUACCUCAAAGAUUUUAAGGCAGAACGGAGUGGUACUGAUGAUAUUCAGGAAUUUGGAUUAUUGAAAUAUAAGCUACGUAGAUAUUCCAUGCUUAUAGUCCAUUAUGGCUGCUGUCACGAUUUAAUUCUUGUUGCCUUAUUUGUUGUAUUUACCUCUGAUGAGGAGGUUAUGUAGUCUGUUUGUCUGUUGGCAGGAUUAUGCACAAAUCGUUGUACCAGUUUUCAUGACACCUGGUAAAAGGGUGAGUCAUGGGCUGAGGACAAACCUAUUGAAUUUUGAGGCAUAGGUUAGAUUUUUCUAAAUCGUUUUUUCUAUUGUUACAAGAUUGUGUUCAGUUGAAUUAGAGCACUGGGGGGCCUUUGAGGAGUAUGUACAGUCAGAAUACAAUUCUAGUCCAACCACGUCAACUUACGAAAAUCUGUAUUUACUGACAAUUGAAGCCCACAUAAAGCCACAAAUGUCAGUUAUGAGGUUUUUCAUUAAAUGUAACCUAUUGAAUUUCAAGUCUGAAUAGCACUAAUAAUAAAGACAUAUUUUGUACUAAA